AUGGCUAAUUAUAGUUCUCAAAGAGUUCAAGAAUAUAUUAAUGAUGACAAACAUCAAAUAAAGUCAGAAUUGACAGGAAAGAAACUUGGAUCAACGGCAUUACGUCAUAUUUUUCAAGGUGAAAUUGAAGCAAAUACUUCUGGUAUCGUAGUAGCUCAAGGUCUGCAUUCACUUGUUGAACAACCCAAUAACGUAAAGAUCAUGAAAACAAUCGAAAAGCUAGAUAAAAAUGGUGUCUAUAUAGUUAAACUAGCCAUGACAGAUUUAACAACAGGUAAAAUUUAUACUAAACGUUCAACAAUGUUUCCACAUACUUGGUCAAAACAGCGAAUCAUAUAUGAAAUUGAAUCGGUUUUGCCAGCAAUAACAAUAUUUCCAGCAACAACAUCUUCUAGCUAUUGUGUUUUGAAAAAGACAUCUUCAAAUGGUAUACCAUUGAACAUUAUUUUUCAAAAUGGUCUUCCUUUAUCUGCAUAUCCAACAUGGAAAAAGAAUCGUAAAUAUGACUUUGAUUAA